AAAUUUUGACAUUUCUUUGUAAUUUUCAUUCGUUAGAGGAAAUGGGAAAUAUAAUAUAUUUUGUAAUUUUUAAUUAGAAAUUGAGUUUUUUUUUUAAAUAUAUAUUAUUAAAAAAAAGGAAUAUGUUUUGCAUACAGUGAUAAUAUUUAUAUUUGUGAAUAUAAUGGACAUGAGGCAGACAAUAUGGAAGUUGAAAAGAGAAAAUAUGACGAGAAAGGAAAUUACAAAAGUAUGGACAUAAAAAAAUUAAAUAAAAGUUUGGUUCGCCGUACCCAUCCGUUGACUACUUCAUCGAAUGAAACUUCUCUCAUCAUCGACAAAAGACUCUGCAAUUAUGUGGCCUUGAUUCAAAACAAUGUUAUUCACAUGGAAAAUGAUGUAACUACUGGCCCAACUGAUUAUUGUGAAUUUUCGUAUUACAGAAGUAGUGAUUCGAUUUGUGAUAGUGUUUUAAAAAAAGAUGUUGCAGUGUCAUGUUCAAUUUUAGAGAAAAAUUCAAAUAUAAAUAUUUUAACAUCAACAAUUGACAAAUAUUUAUUGAAACAAAUUAAAAGUGAAUAUGGAGAAUUUAGAAAAUAUUUGCAAAAUUUAACAAAAAACUAUAAAAGAAAAUCGUUGAAUAUCAAAAAUACAAGAAAACAAGCAGUGGCAACGGAAUACGUUGAUAAAAAUGGAAAUAUUUGUUUAAAACUAAGAGUAAAAAAUUUUCAGCCUACUCCAAUGAAAAAAGAAAAUUCUAUUAAAAAUAUUAUGUCAAUUUUCUUUGAUUCGUGGAAUUUUUUGUUUCCGAGACAAGAAAGGAAGGAAAAUGUUAAAGAAAAACUUGCACCACUUGUACAAGAUAUGAUUCAAGAUUGGAAUGACAAGUCAUUGUCAAAAAAGUCAAAAAAUAUAAUGAUACAUCAUUCAAAACGUGGGAGAUAUCUUAAUGCUUUAUGUAUUGUUUUAGUUGGUGGUUCUUUCAUUCAUUUUAUGACAAGGCCACUAAUGGGAUUUGAAACUGAAUUUUCACAAAAAUCCUGUUUGUGUAUAACUUAUUAUCCAUUUGAUCUUCAAGAAUCAUCAAACAUUGAAUUAGCUUAUUUGUUGCAAUUAUUUUUAACAGGCUAUGCAAUUGCUGCAUCGAUAAGUGUUAAUAAUUUUUUAACUCUCAUUGUUUUUCAUUUAUGUGGACAAUUACAACUCAAUGAUUUCUCAACAGUAUAA